AUGGUUGGAGAAGGAUCUCUUGGCCGUGUGAUUUCUCUGCUCACAACUUCAGGCAUUGCUGGCAAUCCGGUGCAGUUCAAUGAGAAUGGAGAUGCCCCAGGCCGUUACGAUAUCUACCAGUACCAGAUUAAGAACAAAACAGCAGAAUACAAGACCAUCGGCCACUGGACUGACCAACUUUACCUAAAUAUGCGGGCGAUGCAGUGGCCAGGUGGAGGGAAGCAGGUGCCGACUUCCAUCUGCAGUCAGCCCUGCAAACCUGGAUGGCGCAAGAAGAUCGUUAAGGGCAUUUCCUGCUGCUGGCACUGCGAGCGCUGCGAUGGUUACCAGUAUCAGCACGACCUCUACACCUGCAAGAUGUGCCGCUUUGAUUUAAGACCUAACAAGAAUCACACAGGCUGCCAGCUCAUUCCGAUUGUGAAGCUGGAGUGGAGCUCACCCUGGGCAGUCAUACCGGUCCUCAUUGCUAUUCUCGGCAUCAUGGCCACUCUUUUUGUUGUGGUCACCUUCAUUCGGUACAAUGACACGCCGAUUGUUAAGGCAUCCGGACGUGAGCUCAGCUACGUCCUGCUUACGGGAAUCUUUUUGUGUUACGCCACCACCUUCCUGAUGAUCUCGACCCCAGAUGUAGGGAUCUGUUCGCUGAGGCGAAUUUUCCUCGGGCUCGGAAUGAGCAUCAGCUAUGCGGCGCUGCUCACCAAAACCAAUCGGAUUUAUCGGAUUUUCGAGCAGGGAAAAAUGACAGUGAGCGCGCCACGCUUUAUCAGUCCAGCUUCGCAGUUGGUAAUCACCUUCAGCUUGAUUUCCGUUCAGCUCCUAGGGGUGUGCAUCUGGUUCGCAGUGGACCCUUCCCAAGCUCUCAUUGACUAUGAGGACCAGCGCACGGCAGAUCCCGAGAUGGCGUGUGGAGUCCUAAAGUGUGACAUAUCAGACUUGUCGCUCAUCUGCCUCCUGGGAUACAGCAUGUUGCUGAUGGUGACGUGCACGGUGUACGCCAUCAAGACGCGUGGGGUCCCCGAGACCUUCAACGAGGCCAAGCCCAUCGGCUUCACCAUGUACACCACUUGCAUCAUCUGGCUCGCUUUCAUCCCCAUUUUCUUCGGGACAUCGCAGUCAACGGAAAAGAUGUACAUACAAACGACCACACUGACCAUCUCAGUGAGUCUGAGCGCGUCUGUGUCUCUGGGGAUGCUCUACAUGCCAAAAGUCUAUGUGGUGCUCUUCCAUCCGGAGCAGAAUGUGACCAAGCGCAGCACUCGCAGCCUGAAAGCUGUGGUCACUGCCGCCACCAUGUCCAACAAGUUCAACCCCAAGGCCAGCCUGCGGCCCAACGGAGAAGCCAAGUCUGAGCUGUGUGAAAACCUGGAAACUCAGGGACUCAGCCCUAAACAAACGUACAUCAGCUACAGCAACCACGCAAUCUAGGUAAGGGAUAAAACGCCACUACCAAAUCCCAGAAGUGACCCCUAGAAGACAGCAUUUCAAGAUAAAUCACUCUCACGUUAUGUCACUUAUGAAAGUGAGAUAGCGGAUGGUUGGAAGACCCCCACAGACAUGUUUCCAUUAAUGAAGCUCAUGUGAAGUCACAUAGGGAGCAUCUUGGGAGGCCGAGACUGUUGAGGCCGGGAUGUUGGAAUGACGGUCUGUCACCCAGACUAUUCCAUUACAGCUUACUCUAUCUAUUCCAGAUGUCAUUGUUAAAGUGAUACACACUAAUUAAGGACAACAUGUCAGUGUCUGCUGUUUCAUUGACGCUAACACUAUGUGGUGGCUU